UAUACAGAAAUAUAAUCAGAGAAAAUUGUCUUCCGUUUAUUUGUAUCACAGUCCUUGGAUUUUCACCAAAAUUUCUCUGUAUUUCUCUGGGCAAAUAUUGUGCCCAUCACUGGUGAAAGCAAUUAUACCCAGCUUUUAUUCCUGGUUCUAUAACCUCUACAAAAUGAUGCAGUUGUGGAUGAUGCUGUCCUCUGAUCGCUGAUUCUUUUCAGGAGCAUACAUGUAGCGAGUGACUUAGACUUUGUUAUGGAGAUAUGGGGUUCAGUCAAAGUUAGCUUUAACAGAGGAGAAGGGAAGUAAGAGUCUGCUAUUUCACAGCACUGGUUAAAAUCAAAAAUAGUGAAGAAAUCAUCACUCAAAUGAGACUUUAUGGCUGUGUUCUGUUGAGUGGGCACAGAAGUGUAGAGGGGUGAUUUAUUACAGACACUUUUGUUGUGUCAUUAUGCACCCAAAAUAAUGUGACUUAUCACACAUGCAGACUGGUAGUUUAUUUCCACAAAUACACUUAAGUGCUAAAUUGAGAACUCUGGAAGUGAAAAAGGCUAUCUUGAAGAGAUGGAGUGUAUAUGCAUGCUGAUCGCUGGCCUGGGAUCAAUUUUAGAGAAGGAGGAGUUUUGCAGCCAUGUAAGACAGUUGAAACAGCUACCUAAGCACAUCCAGGAGGUUUAUAUAAGUCUAAAAUGGUAUUUGCAGGAGGCUGCAUAUGUGUUUGAGGCUGCCAACUGACAAACAAUGCUUCUAAUGACAAUGCUGCCCCAGGCUGUCCUUGCCGUGCCUGAUUUCUGACACAUGCCAGGACAACAGUUUGUGGAACUGCACAAUGGGCAGGACCAGGGAAUUUAUCCAGGUGAUGAAAAAAUUUAAACAAUAUGGAGAAUCAAGUCUUAAACCCGCAUAGAUAUGAAGAAUAUGGGGAGAUUUCUGGUAAUAUGCAGACUGUCAAAUGAAAGUUUUGAAGAAUUAGGUUACUGAAAAGGUUGAUCGAUCCUGCAAAGACUUCUCUUAGCAUCUUUGGCUCACUUUCUCUUCUGGUUGUUCCUUUGGAGUGCAUAUGAAGAGCUUAAUAUUCAGAUUUUCAGGUAGACAUCUUGGAUUUUAAAAGUAAUUUUAGAUAUUGUGGGAAAAUGCCCACAUAAUUCAGAAUUUAAUUCAAGAAGCUUGUAGGAAAAACGUAAGUACAUGUAUAUAGAUGUUCACUGACGACAGGAUCACUUCAAUAUGGUUUUGUAGUGUGCAUCAAAUAUAGUAUCAUACUAUUUUCAUUUGGAUGGAAAAGACAAUUUUGUAAAUAGAUCUAUGAGUUCUUAAUAAUGUCAGGCAAAUGUUAUUAACACUAAAAAAUCUCUGAACUUAGCUAUCACUAGAUACAUUUUUAUGUAAGAUAUUUGUGCAUUAAGGAAGUAAUUGCCUGCUUAGUUCCCUCCAGGAGAAUUUUUGACAUUCUUUUCUCCUUUUAUCACAGUGAAAUGCUUGAUAGAUCUGUAAAUUUCUUGAAACUAUAACCACAGCUUCCUUCUUACCUAGGUUAUGUGAGCCCUCAACAUUCCAGCCAUGAGAAUCAUCUUGAUACUUCAGGCUUGCCAGUUAUAUCACACUUCUUUUUAUAGUGGAGAAUUGUCAUUUUUUAUGCUUGCUCCUCAGACUCCAGCAUUAGGAGAUGAACAAGCAAAAUGUAUCUUUAAAUUCCUUGACACCUUAUGUGUGCCAUACGCUGAGUUCAAACAAUAUUUUUUCUACCUUCUUCUUCUGUUGUCAAUGUUAUGUCUUUUUGGCUGCUUCUCCAGUGAAAAGGAUCAGCAUUCAUGUCUAUCAAGUGCAGCAAAAUUGCAGCAUGCUGCCCUGUUAUCACUGUGCUGUUGGCUUCAUCUGCCCUUUACAUCAUGGAGUCACUGGCAUCCAUUGCUCACCUUCUUACAAGAAUUCCCAUCAGAUAUCUUCUGUAAUUUUCUGUUCCGUUUUGCCAGACAAGUUCCUCAGUAGGUGACUUGCUGAGUGUCUAAAACCCAUUUGAUAAGUUGAGUGCUUUCCAGUUGUCUAUUCACUUUGUGUUGUAAGUUGCCGGUCUGCUACAAGGGUUUCUGGUUUUCUGUGUUUUCCUACUGCUGACCCUUUUCCCUGUGACCCCUGCCAAUUCAUUCAAGGGGUUUUAGUUUGCUCCUACUGUACCUAGGAUUACAGUUCAAUCCCAAGAACAUAUCUUAUGCUGCAUUUCUGCUGGCUUGUACCACAUGCACCUCAAUGUGCCACAUUGCCUUGGUGAGAAGGAAAAACCAGUAGAGGCAGAGGCACAGCUGGCAGAAGCAGAGCAGAGCUCAUCUGGAUUGACAGGACAAUGCUAAGUAUAUGCCUAACUUAUAAUACUGUAGUAUCUUAGUACUCAAUCAUUUUUGACCCCAGUGGCAACGUAUAUAUUUAGAAUAGCAUUACCAUCAUACUGUUGAUAAAUUACUCAUCACUGCUAUCAUUGCUAGAUGAUUAAAGGAAUGCAUUUGUCUGGGCUGUGUUCAAGAUGUGCAUUCUCAUCUCCUGGAAGUCAGUGGUCCAUUCAUUCUUCCAGGAGCAGUAAAUUGGGUGUUGAGUAAUCUGCCCUUUGAAAUGUGUAAAGAAGCUUUUGUUUGUUUGCUUCCUUUCAUUCUCUCCCUGUGAAUUGUGGGGAUCAGCCUCAUGCCUGGUACAUGGGCGCAGGUGAGCUCCGACACCGAUUCGGCGCCGCAGCCGCGGGGCUCCGAGCCCCCUCCUCUCCCCUCCGCCUCCCCGCCGCCGCCGCGGCUCCCGAGCUGUCAGUGCGCAAGCAGCGCCGCGGCCCCGCGCCGAGCCCCAACGGCCGCCAACCGCCGCCAACGGCCGCCAACCGCCGCCGCGGGGCGGCAGCAGAUACAAUGAUGACUCUGAAGGUUCAGAUUCUGAUUGGCUUCCUCUGGUGCAUGAUUUUAAUGCACACAGAUGGCUUCCCAGUAGACAGCAAUACUGAAUUUCGCUCUGCUUUCUCGGUGGCCCGAACCAGCAGCAUGGAAGGGAGCUCUGAGAUGGUCAUAACCUUUGACAAAGUGUAUGUGAACAUUGGCAAUGACUUUGAUCCCAAGACUGGGUUGUUCCGGUGUCGGAUUCCUGGAGCCUACUACUUCUCCUUCACAGUUGGGAAAUACCCAAAGAAAAACUUGUCUGUCAUGCUGAUGAGAAACAAGAAUGAGGUGCAAGUGAUUGUGUAUGAUGAACAUCACCGCAAGGAACGGAAGGUAGCCAGCCAGAGUGCCAUGCUGCAGCUUGACUAUGGUGACACAGUCUGGCUGCGUUUACAUGGAGACCCCAAGUAUGCUCUUUACAGCAAUGUGGGCCCCUAUACAACUUUCAAUGGCUACCUAAUCUAUCCAGACACUUCUGCCUUCUUCCAAAAUGCUCUUAGCUCUCAAGAGCUGGGGCCUUCCCGUCACAAUAUUCAGCAGCUUCCAGGAGAGCAGAAUGAAGCUUCCCAGCGACACAUGUUGUCUGAUCAGCCGAAGAGGGAGCAAGACCCUCGCUCUGCGUUUUCUGUUGCUCGCUCACAAAGUCUCCUGGGGACAGACGACAAGCAAACCCAGCAUGAGCCGAUCACAUUUGACACGGAGUUUGUGAAUAUUGGGAAAGAUUUCAAUUCUUCCACUGGCAUCUUCUCAUGCCGCAUACCUGGUGCAUACUAUUUCUCCUUCACCAUUGGCAAAAUGCCCUUUAAGACCAUGUCAGUGAAACUUAUGAAGAACCACAAUGAGGUGCAGGCCAUGAUCUACGAUGACAACCACUCCAAGAGGCGGGAGAUGCAGAGCCAGAGUAUCAUGCUGCCUCUGCAGUACGGGGACACCGUCUGGCUCUACAGCCAUCAGCAUGAUGGCUACGGUGCCUACAGCAACCAUGGCAAGUACAUCACCUUCACAGGCUUCCUGAUCUAUUCCGAGGCUCAGCCAAAGCAGCUCCCAGGUGCCAGCUCACUCCAAGGGUCAGAAAAUUAAAUGCAGAUGUGAAAGGAGCAUAAGAAAAGCCAAGGUGCCACGAACUUGGGUAUAGCUCCUCUUCGGAUAUCAUCCUCUACUUUGAGCAUGCUAUCAUGUGUCCAGUGCUUUCCUUAUGCUGCACGCUUGUGCCUGACCGCAGGGCCAUUGCUGUGUCUGUCUUUCAUCCAUAGAAAGGUCUUUACAGGAUGUAUGUGUGUGUCCAGUGUUGGUGUUUGAUUUAAGCAUAAAGCAUGAGGUAGUUUGGGGCAGGGGUGGGGCGAUGUAGUGAAAUGCCAAGGAUCAGAGAAACACUGCAGUAAUGCUACUGCAGAUCCCUAGCAUCCAGAAAGCAAAGGAUGUGGUGACUUUCCUUGCAUAUCUGUUAAGGGAAUAAAUGUAAUGAAAUUGAAUGUAAUAAAAAAUACAAAAUA